UCCCAGCAUUCUUAUGUAAAGGUGUGGCAAGGAAAUAAAGAAAGGAAUUCUGGGAGAAAGUUGUCUUUAUAUAUAAAAGCCUUUGGAGACAGAGGCACAGACAGACCCGGAGAGGGAAGGAAGCCCUGGUAAAGGAGAAGCUGGAAAACUUCCUCUUAAUGAGGUGCACAGCAGGCUCAUGUGAUUCACCCAGUAGAGAGGAAAAGAGAAGUAGCGAGCUGAGAAUUGAGACUUAUUUAUAUAACACCUGAUGAGGGGAAAAACCAAUCAGUCUGUCUGCUCAUUUUCCUUCAGGCUGACCCCAAAAUGCAUUCUCGACUGGUCAUCUUAAACCUCAUACUACUUCUAACAGAUGGUGUAGUUUCUACUGUACAAGUGAGUGGAGUGGUGGGUCAGCCUGCCACACUACCUUGCUCCUAUGCAGUGUCUGGUGGGGACAUCACAUCCAUGUGCUGGGGCCGAGGAGAAUGUCCUGUAUUUAAAUGCGCAGAUGAAAUUGUAUGGACUGAUGGGUCCCGUGUUACCUUUCAGAAGCAUGAACGUUAUACGCUAAGAGGGUACCUUUUGAAAGGGAAUGUCUCUUUGACUAUAGAGAAUGCCACAGAGGCCGACAGUGGCUUGUAUUGUUGCCGUGUUGAGCACAGGGGGUGGUUCAAUGACAUGAAACUUGUUCUAUCGUUGGAGAUGAAACCAGCAGCAACAUUGCCUUCUCCAGCUCAGCCAUCAGAAACCCAGCCUACAACACUGCAAGAAAGAAGGUCACAACCCAGCAGUUCACCGUUUUACUCUCAUACAACAGAUGGGAAUGGCACUGUGACACAGUCUUCAGAUGGCCUUUGGCAUAACAAUCAAACUCAACUGUCCCCAACACAAAAGCCAUGGACGACCACCACCACCACCAAUAAGGGACUCUACAUUGGAAUCUCUCUUUUUGCUGUGAUGUUGCUUGCUCUCCUGGUUGUCAUCAUUACCAAAAAGUGUUUCUACAACAAAAACAAGAUGGCACAACUAAGUAUGGUUUCAUUGAAUGACUCUAAAAUUGGAGCUUUGCAAAAUGCAGCUGAAAGGCGAGUCCCUCCAGAAGACAACAUCUACAUUAUUGAUGAUAAUGUUUAUGUCAUGGAUUAAGGCCCAGUGAUGCUGUUCAAGGUUUUGUGCCCAUGACUGAAGAAGACAGUGACCAGAUUAUCACCAUGUCAGACAUCUUUGAAACUCCAGGAUCAUUUUUCUGCAUCUGUUUGAUCUGGUAUUCCAAUGUCUCAGUGAUAUGGGUAGAGUCUAGCUCAAAACUAUAGUGAACAUCAUUGUUAAUAUAGUCCUAAUAUUUUAUCCUAAAACUGGAUUAAUCUUUCUGACCAUUGCAGCAUUAUCUCUCAAACAUGAACACUAGAAUUAUAUCUUUUUUUAAGACUCCAUGAAUCCUGUCUCCAUCAAAGAAACAAUCAUUGAGAAUAGAGGAAAUGGAAUUUCACCCUAAGCUUUCAAGAAGAGGGAAAUGAGGCUGGAAAAGGUGGCUCAUGCCCAUAAUCCUAGCACUAUGGGAGGCUAAGGCAAGAGGAUCACUUGAACUCAGAAUUUGGAGACCAGCCUGAGCAAGAGUGAGACCUCAUCUCUGUUAAAAACAGAAAAAUAUUAGCCUGGUGUUGUGGUAGUUGCCUGUAGUCCCAGUUACUCAGGAAUCUGAGGAAGGCAGGAGGAUCCUUGAACCCAGGAGUUUGAGGUUGCUGUGAGCUAGGCUAAUAUGGCACCUUAGCCUGGGGUACAGAAUGAGACUCUGGCAGAAAGAAAGAAAGAAGGAAGGAAGGAAGGAAGGAAGGAAGGAAGGAAGGAAGGAAGGAAGGAAGGGAGGAUCAGGCACCACUUAAUGUAUCAAUCUUUCUCUUAGAGAGAGAGAAGAAAGAAAGAAAGGAAAUAGACUUAAAAAUCAGCAAGUCUAACUUGAGAAUUAAUUUGGAUGUAUUUCAUUAUUAUGUUUUGUUUCUGUAUUAUAAUUCCAAAUGUUACAUUUCUUAAAUUUCCUAAGGGUUUUAACUCAUGAAGCUUCACAGGUUUUAUUUUUUAUUUUCCUCUAUAGGGAAAUAAAUAGGAGUGAGUCUAAUUUCACCAUAGUAGGUAUGUUUGUUUUCUCAUGGCUCUGGAAAUACGAUACAUUAAGUGGUGCCUGAUCCUGGAUGAGGAUAGCUGUUCUAGUGGUCAACAGAAGCUACAGCAGUGAAUAUGCACCAAAUGUGCUUUAGGGGGAGAUGAUCAUUUGCCACAUGAUUCAACACACUUAUGCUAUUUUAUGCUACAUUUGUGUUAUAAUGCUAGGCACUCAUGUAAACAAUCAUCAGGCCCUUUGAACUAAUUUUUAGAAGGAGACAGUGCAGAAAUGAAAGGACAAAAUGGAAAGAGUAUGCAAAAAGGCUUUCUUCCUUAGAAAAGUUAUACAGCAAAUAUAAUAGUGUUUGGAAGUGUCCCUAGUUUCAUACAAAAUUCUAAAUUUCUAAAUUGCUUCCAAACCAUUUUUAUAUUUCAGAUUGUUUAAGCAAAGCAAAGAGUGGGUCGUUCCCCAUAAAUCUAAUUAAUCAUAUCACAAUUUAUCCUAAUGUUAUUUUUCAUAGUUCAAUUAAAUUUUUAGUUUUGCCAGGAUAGUUAAACAAAUGUCUAUUGUUAGGAUAUCUUCAGUUACUAAAAUUGUUUAGAGUAUAGAUUUUCAAAGGCUGUAUUUGUCAGAAGAGAAAAAUCUCUAUGUGAACACUUAAGGCUGGGUAUUAAUUUCAAUUUCUAUAUGAGUAAACACUGAAAUAAUUCAUGCUUGGGACCAGAGCUACUUACAUCAUAGUGGUCUCAGAGGACAGGAUGCUUGCUUUUGAAGACAACAUUUUUGAUACUGAUCUACAGAGUUCUAGGAAAUUAGCUAGGUCUUUUAAAGAUUCUGUGAGCAGUGAGAUUGUGAUACAUGAUAUUCUGGGUUUUCCAAAUGUGGCUGAGUUGAUAUGGUCUAAAAAUUUAUUUUGUUUAAGUUAGAGUGUUGUCUUGGAUUCAAGGCAACAUGAAUAAACCUAAAGAUUUAAAAUCAAAGCCUGGAUUUGUAGUUUCUCUGUAAAUACUUGGGAGAUUGGGCUGCAUUUCUAUGGACUCAAGGCCUUACUAUUGAAGCCACAACCUCUAGCCACCAAAUCCUCACCUUCCUGCCUGCUCAUUUUUGUUACCUGCCUGGUGCCUUACAAGACUUUGAGUUUAUGGCAUUCACUCUAUUCUCCAUGUCUUUCCUGGAGCUUUUUGGUGCACAUCAAAGGCUUUGGGAAUCUGGUUAAUUUUGUCUAAUUGAACAUUUCCAAAACUUGGUUGAACAUGUGAGCACAGUGACCUGUAGCAUUCUGUGAAGAGUUGACCUGAGUUCUAAACCCAACUCUUAGCAGUAACACUAGAUGACAUCAAAGCAAACUGUUUUUGUGCCUACGUUUUUUUUUUUUUAUCCAUUAGAUACGGCCAUUUCCAUACCGACCAUGACAUAUAGCGGUAAUUCCAAUGAAAUGUUACUUGUAAGAAGUAUUUAAAAAGUAAAAAAACACUACAGAAAUGCCAGGCUUAUUUUUCUAGUGGUCUUUGUAGCAAGAAAAGAUAUAGCAUUAUUGCUCAGUAAAAAAUUUCGAUGGUGUUACAUAAGUCUCUUGCUGUAUGGUAUAUCUUUUUUUAAAUGUUGCUUUUUCAAAAAAGUUGGGUAUCAUCUUAUACAUGUAUUAUAGAUAAAAUCAUUUAAUAACAAAAUGGGUAGGGAGGAAAGCGAGAUAUUUAGUUAAUAUAAUUUCUUCCUCUGUAAACACACCAAUCUUGUGCAUCAUAUUGAAUUUUGUUUUGUUUUUGAUUCUUGGAGACACAGUUGAGAUUCCUUUACUCAUAAUCUGUCUUGGGACAUUAGAAUACUGUGUGAUUAAAACUGCACACUAAAAAAAAAAACAACUGUAUACUUAAACUUAAGAAAUUUUGCAAGUCUUGAAGAUGUAGCAGAACUAAUUGUUCACUGAUAAUCUAGUUUAAUUUGUAUGGACACUCAUAAAUAAAAGUUGC